ACGAUGGCAUCACUUUCACUACUUGAGGGAUGAAAUUUAUCUGGGCUAGCACUAAAACCAAAUUCGAAAUUGUCUUAAUUUAAGCGCCUUUUGAAAAGCUUAUGAAAUUUCGAUGGGACGCACCAAUCUUUUUAUAAUGAUGUGACCUUCUAGUGCUCAGCCACCUACAUUGAUGGAUGAUGCUGCUAGGUCGUUCGCAACGUAUUUGUUUGUCUAUGAGAAAUGAUUUUCUGGAUGAUACCAAUUUUUUGGGCGAUUGCAUAUGUGUAUUUCUAUGUCAAGGCUAAAUAUGAUGAUCCAGAGAUGACUCGGGUUAUGAUUGUCUUAGGAUCUGGUAAUGCUUAUACCAUACUUUAUGUUAGGUGGACAUACUGCCGAAAUGCUUUCGUAUAUUCCUGUAAUAAGUCGUAAAUAUCAACCGCGUCUAUAUGUUGUUGCGGCUUCUGACUCCAUGAGUGAACAGAAGGUCAUGGAUUUAGAGAACAAGAGUGGUGUUGAGUUCAGCAUAAAGUACGUACGAAGAGCUCGAGAAGUAAAGCAGUCCUAUAUCAGUAGUGUCUUCAGUACCCUGAUGUCUUGCUUGUCCGCGUUCCCGAUCGUCACUUUUUUUCGGCCAAAAUUAAUUUUGUGCAAUGGUCCUGGGACAUGCAUCCCCAUAUGCUUCGUGGCCCUUUUACUCAAUAUACUGAGAAUUCAUUCAACUCUUAUAAUUUUUGUUGAAAGUAUUUGUCGUACCAAAACGUUGUCAUUAUCUGGGAAAAUUUUAUACUAUACUCGUUUGGUAGAUAUAAUUGUUCAGUGGCCAGAAUUGAAGACAAAAUAUCCAAGAUCAAUUUAUUUAGGACUUUUAUCGUAAACUGUUGCAUGAAAUGCUGCUGUGAUAUGAUUUGUAUUUGAAAAAUUUUUUUCUUUCUAUAUGUACAAUAUGUUUUUUAUUCUAUGUAAUGAUUGUUUGAGAUUUGAAACGAAUUUUAUGUUUGAAUAAAAUAAUUAUAACUUGAAUCGAAGAUGAAUAUUCAUUUUACACCUGAGAAUUAACU